CACCAAUGGCUAUAGAACAGAAACCACCUAUGUGCUGCAGGAACAGUCAAGAAGCUAUAGCACUUUCGCUUCUUCGCCGUCGCCUGCACUGAGAACAAUGAGCGAUCGAAUAACAUCGCCUAGCACGAGUACUCCAAUUAUGCCCAGACUAUCGGCAUCUGUUUCCAAUGGUCUGCCGACCAACGUCAGCUACAGAGCGGUGCAAAAUGGGAAACUUGAUGUUGAGUAUGAUUUGACGAAAAAGGCCUAUGUGUUGGUGUUCCAUCACAACAAAUUCAAAGACCGCUCGCACAACAGACCCGGCAGCGACAAAGAUAUGCGGAAGAUCAACGACUUCUUCAAGGACUACCGGUGUACCGUUAGAGUGUGCAACGAUUAUCGACUGAACCAAGUACGCCGCACAAUGGACGAAGUUUCUAAAAUGAAUGCUGGGCCGUACUCCUGCGUGAUUGUUAUUCUAAUGAGCCAUGGUAUGGAUGAUGAUACUAUUAUGGCUUAUGAUGGUGAUAUGUAUUCGUUCGAAGAUGAUAUUGUCGAGAAGUGCACUUCGAACCACAAGUUGGCAGGCAAACCGAAAAUAUUCAUUUUGCAAGCCUGUCGUGGUGAUUCCAUAAUGCAAGCGGAUGCAAAGCGAACUACAAGCAACAAAUGUGAUAUUGUGACGUUCCAAAGCACGUAUAAAGGCAAUAUCGCUUAUCGUAACCCGCAAGAAGGUUCGGUGUUCAUACAGCACUUGUUCGAGCAACUUCACAAGAACAAAAAUGGCAGUAUAAUCGAAAUCAACACUCAACUGAACUAUAUCUUUAGAAAUAACAGUAUUUCACAAUGUCCCACCAUGAGCACCACCCUCCAGAAAAAAUUGAUUUUCGGGCAUCUGUGCAAAUCGAAAUGAAGCACCCGGCGUUCGAAGCAAAUGCUUUCUCAG